GUUCUGUGUGUGUUUGUGUCGUAAUCACAGAGACACAUUUAUUUCAUUCCCGCUCUUAGCAGACAGCUGGAGAAGAUGGAUACCUGGCUGAAGAUAUCGUUGCUGCUGUGCACAUUUGGUUUCUUUCGCGAGAUGCGUCCCUCGGAGCCGUUUGUCACCGAAUAUUUGGCCGGGGAUUGGCGCAAUCUGACCACAGAGACCGUCUACCAGGAGGUGUAUCCAUUUGGCACAUAUUCGGUGCUCGCACAACUAGUCCUGGUCUUUCUCUUCACCGACCUGCUGAGAUAUAAACCGAUAAUUGUGCUCUCCUCGCUGGCGGGCAUCACAUUGUUUGCCAUGUUGCUUUGGACACGAACUCUGCUCGAAUUGCAGUUGGCGCAGAUAUUCUUUGGCUUCUUCACCGCUGCCGAGGUGGCGUAUUACACUUAUAUGUAUGCCAAGGUGGAGCGGGAGCGAUAUCAGAUCGUCACAGGACAUACACGUGCCGCCAUCUUGGGUGGUAAAUUUCUGGGCGGGAUUCUGGCCCAGUUGCUCGUCUCCACGGAUAGCAUGAGUUUUCGGCAGUUACACUUCAUCUCGCUGGCCACACAGAUUAUAUCGUUGCCGAUUGCGUUGCUGUUGCCGCGUGUGCCACGGAGUCUUUAUUUCUAUGCUCCGGCAAAGCCUGCACAAAUCCCACUCCCCGCCAGCACGGAGACGACUAUGGCGCCAAAGUUUUCUUUGCAAAAUGCUGGGCAUUUAUUGUGGUUUCAUCUGACCUCGUCGUAUACGAAUCCGAUUGUUUUAACGUGGAGCAUCUGGUGGACAUUGGCGACUUGCGGGCAAGUCCAAGUCAUUACCUACAUACAGUUUUUGUGGAAGGAUCUUGCGCCGGAUAAUGAGAGUAAAUAUAAUGGUGGCGUUGAGGCAGUCGCCACUUUGCUGGGCGCAAUUGGUGCUCUCUUUGCCGGCAUGCUCAACAGCAAUAUCAGAAGAAAUUUCUAUAUGUUGAUGAACUCCUUUUGUGUGGCUCUGCUUGGUGGUCUUCUACUGCUGGCGGCACUUUGUGAAAGCGUCUGGUUGGCCUACAUCGGAUAUGCCAUAUUUUGUGCCGUAUUCUUCUUCAUCAUUACGGUGGCGGCUGCGAUUAUUGCCAAGAAUCUCGUCGAUGACAGUUUCGGUUUGGUCUUUGGCAUCAAUAUGCUUGUCGCACUCGGCCUGCAAACCAUACUAACCGUUGUUGUUGUCACGGAUACGGGUUACGGUUUGCCGCCAAAGGAUCAGUAUAUUGUAUAUGGCAGCUAUUUUCUUUGCUUGGCUGCCAUUUUCCUUGUGUUGCGCUUGCUCAUCCAUUUAUUUGCAAAGAAAAAAUCGUCAGAAUCGUAGUAUAAAUAUUAAAUGAAAUAUAUUUUGUUAUAUUUUGCUUAUUUAUACAGACACAUGUUAAACAGUCAGAUACUUAACAUGCUGCUAAGCUGUAAUUAACAGCGAGCGUUCAUUUUAUCCACAAAUGUAAGAAUUUAAUUUUAUCUUUAGAAAAACCGCUAUACUCGUAGCACCUGUUUUUUUACUUUAUUUUUUAUAUCAAUAAUAACAUAUGACAAAAUAAGAAAGAAUAAUUAUGCAAAGAUAAGAGUACAAUGCCAGAAACUUUAAAUUCUGCCAAGCUGUUAUUAACAGAGAUCACUCACUUUAAACACAAAUGUAAGAAAUUAUUUUUAAGCUCAGUUUACAGAUCGACGGAAAAUUUCGCGACCGAAAUUUGCAAUGUUUUGUUUGUGGAACUUAAACAUAAAGGU